UUUCUAGUUUUGUGUUUUAAUUGUAAUAAACAACGACCUAAACCAACUCCGGUGUUUUAAGAGGAAAUGGCUCUAGAAUUCCUGAAAAACAAGAUAGUAAUCCUGAUGAGGGAGCGAGACAAGGCCAUCAACAGAGCAGACGAGUUUCAAGAUACUGUACAGGCUGCAACCGAAAUGGUUACUAAGCUUGAAGCAGAUAAACGAGAUUUAGAAAACAGACUGGAGCUAUCAGACGCAGAGAUAGAUAAACUUCACGAAUGGAAGGAGCAGAUACUGGAUGAAAAACAGGAUCUUGAGGUUGAAGUUGAAAAGUUGAGACGAGAGAAUGACAGUUUACAAAACGCGAUUGAUACAUUUGAAGUGGCAUUUGAGUACAAAGACACGGAAAUAGACGAAUUGGCGAAACAAAUAGAAGAGUUUAAUCAAGAAAUGGAUGACCUAGCAUCGUAGAUCGGGUGAAUUGCAGAGGCAAAUAGAAGAUUUCAACCAAGAAAUGGAUAACCAGGCUUCGUAAAUCGGAUGGGAAAACGACGAACAAAUUUCGAAGAUUUUAGGUAUAUAUUUAUUCCAAGGAAUGGGCGAAAUUUCCGACAAACAAGAACAUUGUCGCAGAGGGAUAAUGGAACGCAAAAUUCCUAUAAUUUGAACUCAAAUAUAGAAACAUUCAAGUACCACACUUGGGACUAAGUUUAAAUUAUUAAGGUGUAUAAUGAUACCAUGAAUUGUGAUAUUGAAACAUAUUCUUAAUGUUUUGAUUUUAACAUUGAACAACAAUUUACUUUAAACAAGUAUCUGGUAAACAUACUGUACAUAGCGUAAAACAUAUUUUUGUAUCCUAAAAA